GUCGAGCUGCUGCGGUGGUUCAUGGCCAUGCUGCUGCUGAUGCCGCUUUUCUUCGUGCUGCUGUUUCUGUGUUUGGUUCUGCUGGUGCUGGCCCUUUGCGGCUGCACUUUUGUGUCCUUGGCUUCUCUGUGUUUGCUGCUGCUGCAGCAGCUGGCAACGCCUGAGCUGCUGCAGCAGCUAAGUGCCCAUGUGCAGCGGCUGCUGCGCCGUUGUCGCUUCCCAGUGCGGGACUUGGCGGUGCUGCUUCAGGGCUUUGCUGCAGCAGGGCAUGCAGACCCGCUGCUGUUUGCUUCUGCUGCAGAUGCUGCGAUGAAGGGCCUGGCGGAGGCAACAGCGGUGGACACCGGCAGGCUGUUGCAGGCUUUUGCUGCUGCUGCAGCGCAGCAAACUUCUGCCCUCGCGAAGCUGGCUGCUGCUGCAGUGGCGCCGCAGGCGCAGGCAGCAGCUGCUGCAGCAGGCGCAGCAGCCCUUACGCCUGCCGCUGACCCCAGCAGCAACAGCAGCAACAGCAACAACAGCAGCAGCAGCAGCAGCAGCAGCAGCAGCACCGAGGAGCCAGCUAGUGUGUUUGUGGCCGCUCACCGGCGGGUCUUCAAAGAGUGCGUGAAGGCGCUGGGAGACAGAGUCCUUUUUGCUGCUGCAGCAGAGCUGACAGCAGCAGCUCAAGCAGCAGGUUUGGCGCUGCUGCAGUCGCAGGGCGCGGAGGCCCAGGCCCUCAUGGCGCUGCUGCAGCACAUCAGGAGUGCUGCAGUGGGUUCUUUGGGGCUCUUUACUGCGCCUGCUUUGGCUGCUUUGCUGCACACUUUCGCGCGGUGGCGGCUGGAGUUUCCUCCUCGAGAUCUUUUGAAAGUAAUACGAAGAUUGACGCAGCUGUCGAGUGCUGCAGCUCCUGCUGCUGCUGCUGCAGCGACGGCGGACCCUGCUGCUGCGGCGACAGACGUGCCGUGGCAUCCUGUGUUUUCCCCUGCUGCUGCUGCAGCAGCUCUAGAUAAUAUGACGCGGCUGAGCUGUCUGCACUCGCUGGGGGUGUUGAUACGGCCUUUUGUUGCUGCUGCUGCUGCUGCUGCUGCGGGGGCGACAGCGCCAGCGCGCGUAAACAGCUGCAAUGCAGAAGCAGCCCCAUGGGGCGCUGCGUGCGGGGGCCAUCGGCAACCCUCCGCAGCAGCAGCGGCAGCAGCAACAGCAGCAGUAGCAGCAGGGCGGGAAGGGAGCACGCAGUACGUGCGUCUGCCUGCUGCUGCUGCUGCUGCUGCGCCCGAGGCAGCAGAGGCCCUUGCUGCUGGGGAUGCUUUAUUUGGCGAGUGGAUGGACUUUGUUUUAAUUUCUUACGCGGCACAAAUAAACAAAGCAAAAGAAAUAAACAACAACAGGGGCCAGCAGCAGCAGCAGCAGCAGCAAAAGAACAUUCAGCCUCUACUAAGGCUCGCAGAGACUCUCGCCAACUGCACGCCCUUCGUACACCCUGGCGUCGCCACUGACCCGAGGAUCCACAAGCUAAAGCGCAAGGUCCUCUUCAUGUUCCAGCUGUGGCAUGACUCCUUCGUGCUUCAACAAGAAAGAUGCCCAGCGAUUUUUGCUAUGUACAGGAAGCUUCGAAGCAAAGCUGUUGCUGCUGCUGCAGUAGGCGCUGCUGCUGCUGCAGCUUCUGCUGCUGCUGCAGCUUCUGCUGCUGCUGCAGCUUCUGCUGCUGCUGCAGUAGGCGCUGCUGCUGUUGUAGCUUCUGCUGCUGCUGCAGUAGGCGCUGCUGCUGUUGCAGCUUCCGCUGCUGCUGCAGUAGGCGCUGCUGCUGUUGCAGCUUCUGCUGCUGCUGCAGUAGGCGCUGCUGCUGUUGCAGCUUCUGCUGCUGCUGCUGACGUUGCAGCUGUAUGCGCACGAGCCGCAUUAGUGCUGCUGCUGGCAGCGAAGCCGUAA